CCUAGGUACAUACGUGGUUUUUCCGUGAAAGAAAAAAAGGAAAAUUAAAUUUUCGUCGCGUAAUUAAUGUUGCAUAACAUUGGAUAAGUUAAUUUAUUUCAAUUCAAUUAGUAAUUCUUCGUAUAUUAAUUCAUUGUGAUUGUAACACUCAGAAAUAAAUAUACAUAAUUUCAAUAAAUAUGUUUCUGAUAAGAAGUGAAAAUUGCCAAUAUUUGCAAGCGCAUAAUAUUAGAAUAUCCGAGCUUAAACCAUCGGAUAUAUCGAAAAUGUCGCAGCAGCCGCGCAAAAUGAUGCACCUGCCUAAAGUGAGGAUGCUCAGUCGAGGUCCUAGGCCCUCGUCGGGUAUCCGGAUCACGCACGUGAAGUCUAUAAAACCUCCAGAUCCGGAACUGGUUAAAAAGGCAGAGGAGGACAAGCUUCGUGCACAGCUACAGAAAGAAAUAAUGUCGCGCUCCCGCGCAUGCGCGUUCAAAGGCUACGACUGCACAUUACCAGUUGUCUCCGGGAGGCAGUACUGUUUCUCGCACAUCACUAGAGAUCCAACAGCGCCUUAUAGACAAUGCACACAUACGUACAGCGAUGGAGAAAGAUGUCAGGAGCCAGCGCCGAAAGAGAGGGAACAUCGCGAACAGAGCUUAUGUUUCGAGCACGCUAGGGCGGCAUUACAUAGCCGCCAUCGCGCCACGGCGCCGCCGCCUCCUGUAACUACCACCGAAACGCUGCUCAACCAGCUCCAGCAUUAUGUCAGGCCCGAACGCCCCCGAACUACUUCGUGCGCGUCCUCAGUGUCGGUGGUGAGUGAUCCGGCUGAUCAGGACCAAACAGCUCCAACGCCUGUCGAUCCCUUCAAGCAAAUCGACGCCACAGCCCAAAACGCCGCCUAUUCGGCCUCCAUAAUGGAGUGCUGCAGCGCCAGCGACAGUGACAGUGACAGCGUCAACAUGACAGAUUGUCACACGUUCGACCUGUCAGAUGCUGAAGACGUGCCGUGCGAGGAGCAGCCUCUAUGGCGAGCGGGAGUCUACACAGCCGAAGAAGCUGUAUGCGAAGCUAAGAACGUAUUAAAAUCGUUACAGUCAGCGUAUAUAAGGCAGAUGGAGAGGCUGCGCACCUUACUGCUAUCUGCGAGGAGGAAAUAUUUGACAAACCUUAAAGCUGAAAGGGAACAGUAUUGCAGUAUAAACGCCCAAGCCGUCAGCGGGCCUCUGUCAGCUCGUGAACGCCGUCAGCUGCGCAAGCUGCUGGCGUACCAGUCGUACAGGCGGCCGCAUGGUGUCAACGCCGUGCUGGCGAGGAAGCUAAACCACAAGAGAAACAAGCGCGACAACAACCCGCACCCGCGCAACCAGUCGCUGUCGCGCUGCGCGCACGCGGACGGCGGUCGCUGCGCGCGCGCCGCACUGCCGGCCGCGCGCCACUGUCUGCGCCACGUGCUGCACGACGCGCACCAGGUGUUGUUCGCGGCGUGUGGCGACACGCGCGGCCUGUGCGUGUGUGCGGAGCCGAUCCCCAAGUUGCCGCUGCCGUCCUCCGCGUGCCGCUACCACACCAACCCGCCCGUCUACACAGCGUUCACACUAAAGAAAGACGAAUCGGACAGCGAGACGGAGUCCCGCACGAGUGUGGACUCUCAGGACAUCCGCGAGCUGGAGGACAACCUACCCGCACACCCUGGUUACGACUGACACGAGGGAUAUGACGUCAUGUCAUACGGGCUCGAGUAGGGACCUUAAGGGCCCGGCUCCGUGGCUCCGUUGCGUCGACAUAGCACGUUGCCAAGUUUUGACAUUUAUGUGCGUCGACGUAUGACGAAUCUCCAUAUAAGUUACACGCUGCGUUCCUACAGUGUGAACAGUGAAGUGUUAAAGUGAACAGUGCAAAAGAAUAAGUUAAAUAGUAUCGUGUGGACCCUAAAGUGGCGUUAAAUAGGGCUCCAUAGGUCCUACAGUGAGAACAUUGUAAAGUAAAAAUGUGUUGAAAAUCAAGUCUGUAAAUCUAAAUUAUAUGUGGAGCGAUAUUUGAAAGUGCUACCUAGUGUUAGUUUUAAACCAUAGAGCAUCUUAUCUGUGGUAUAAACAGGAGAUUAGAAAAAUAUAAACUGGAACAUUUGAUAAAUGAUGAAUAGAAUAGGUACAUAUACAUUAUAAUAUUUUAAGUAGACUCCAAAUUGUCCUCUAAGGACUCACUGGGUCUGGCACAGAUUUAUAUGUGAUGCUUGUUCUAUAUGCUGCUGUCUGCGGCAGCUGAUGCUUCUUGGGUAACGGUCGAUUUUUAAUUUACACAUAUUUCUAUAUUGUUAUAGUUAGAAUAUAGAAAUAUUUCUAUUCAGGUCAAAAAUUCAAAAUACAAAAAAUGUCCAUGCAUUUUCAUAUGUGUAUAUUAAAAAAGAACAAGAAAUUGGUGACAUCAUUGGAAGAUAAAUUAUAAUCAUUCCAAAGAUAAUAGGUAUAUCAGCUUGUUGUAAAUAUAGUUAAAGAUAUUGUGGUUCUACAAAAAAUUUACGAUGUGACUGCGCCACGAAUUCACUAAACGUGAGAGACAUUAUUUUCAAAAUAAAUAAAUUCUCAAAAUAGCAGACUAUCAGUAACUGAAAAAGUACUAAAAGUAAAAGAAAUAAAUUAGUAGUUGCGUUUCGAGGCAACACUCGUGGGAAUUUCUGGAUGAGAAGAAGGUCAUUUCAUCGUUAUUGAAAGUUCCACAUAUUGAGGGACUUUCAUAGCUCUUCGAUUUCACUAGUUAGCUAUAUAUGUUAAUAAUAAAUAAUUGAAAAAAUAUGAAAAUGUUGAGAUGAAAGAAUUCUGGAAUCGAGUGUGAAUAUUAUACCAGAACUUUUUCAUCUCAUUUAAUUUUCAAUUUUUUUUAAAAAGCAUGUGUCACAUGUACAACAAAACCAUUUAAUUAUGGAUAAAUUAUUUCGUGUUUUUGUAUGCAAAAUUUGUUUACAUAUUCGUUAUCAGUAAGAAAUGACGCAUCAGACGGUAUAUUGUUUUUCGGAUUUUGAAAAAGAUUCACUGACUGAAUGACUUAAAUAAAUUAUACACAUUUUCAUUGUAUUUCAUCAAACUUUACGUGACAAGCUUUUAUUAGCACAAAGCAUUCUAAUUCAUAAUCUGAUUUUGUUAGAAAAUUGCCUAAAUUUGAGAAAUAUAAUCGCUUAAUUUUGUAAUUUCGUUGUAAGAACUCAAAUAUUGUAUGAAAAUCGUUGCCAUGUUACAAAUACUUGCAUAAUAAAAUUGUCUUUCUCUGAAA